AUGGCCCGCUCCCGGGCCCAAGCUCUGGGCCGCCGCCUUUCCUCGCCUCCGGCUCCCCGGUGCUAUUGUCCAGACCCGGCGAGCCCGGCGCCCGGCAGCCCCGAUGGGGCCGCGCAGCGCUUCGCAGCCUCCCGCCCCGCCGAGCUAGGAAUUCGAGUCUCCCGUCACUGCCCUGCUCCCGCCUCCGCCAUGAUCUCCGCAAAGCAGCUUCCCGCGCCGCCGCCGCCUCCUCAGGCCACCGCCGCCGCCGCCAUGUUUUCCUUCCUUGUACCUGGCCCUGCCACCGCGGCCAGUGGCUCCCUUCCGCUCCGCCUGCUUCAAACGUCAGAAGCCGACAGGCGCCUGAUCCUGCUGCAACUGCUACCGCUGCCCGGGAAACUCCGAGGGCUCUUAGCCGGCCGAGCGCCCCGGGCUAGUGGAAAUCGCUUUCCCUCCGCCGCCGCCUCUUCCGUCUUCCUCACAGAGCCAAAGCCGCCGCCAUUUUGGCUCGCCCCUCAAAAGCGGCGCGCGGGGCCACCCAGGGAGCAGCUGCAGGGGCGGCCCGUAGCUCCACCAUUUAAAGAGACAGCAGCGAGGCCGGGAGCCUUACUGCGGCGGAGGCCUCGGACGGAGGCGGGAGGCGGGCGCGGACUUGCCAAGGUGGCGGGAGCGAGGGAGCGGAGGAGGCGGGACGCUAGUUGCGCCGGUGACAAGCCGGGACUCCCUCCCCGCACGUACCGUCGUGCGGGCGCGGGGCGGCGUGUGCGUCCGUCGCGCCCUGUGUUCGUCAUCAGCCCGGCUCCGGGAUGCGCGAGGGGCGUGGAUCCGUCUGCGGCCUUUGCGUGGGGGCCCGGCGUCUGGGCUAGGAUCUGUUCGCCGCCGCCUACCCUAGUCCCUGCCGGGUCUGCGGAUCCCGGGCGGCUGGCGCCUGGGCCUCUACCCUCUUCUAAGAGUGUUUCCCCGCGGCCGCCUUUGCGGCUGAGUCGGGCGCUUGGGACCCACCGGGCGCUUUGCGGACUCGAGGGAAUGAAAUGGAAACGCUUCAGGGGAAGGUCGCUGGUGUGGGCCGCGAGGUCGGCGUAGCCUUGAGAGCCGUAAUGGGUCGCGGACUGGCGUGGCCAGUGUGGAAACUUGGGACUGUUUGCGUUUUCUGGGCGUGGGACCGAGCCCCAAGUGACAGUUCUAAAACUUCAGCUUACAAUCUAGCCACGCCCCAAGUGCUCUAUUCCUUCAUCCCUUUGAGAGCUCUGCCAGCCUUCCUUGUCGGUAAAAGAACUUGAGGCGCUCAGAGAAACAAAUGCGACACUGUCUAAUCGGGAGGAGUGAUUCUCAGCGUUAGAUAGUCCUGUGUUUUGAACACCUACUUGAUGUCAAACAUUGCUAAUCUUCACAAAGGAGUAACAUUACCGUUUCUGUCACGCAGCUCAUAUGCCACCAUUGUAGUGGCUUUUAGCAUUUGCCAGGCCUGCCAGGUCGGUCCUGCCCAUUAGGAGUAUAAUGUGAGCCACACACGGAAUUUUAAGUUUCACAGUAGCCACUCUCUUUAAAGUAGAAGAAGCUGAUGAAAUUAGUGUUAACGUUUUAGUGCAGUAUUUUCAAAAUUUUAUUUCAAUAAUCAAAUUAUUGAUAGACGUGCCUUACUUACUGUACAAUAUCUUAAAAAUGUGAUGUCUUGGCCAGGUGUGGUGGCUCAUGCCUGUAAUCCCAGCGCUUUGGGAGACCAAGGUGGGUGGAUCAACUGAGGUCAGGAGUUCAAAACCAGCGUGGCCAACAUGGUGAAACCCUAACUCUUUUUUUUUUUUUGAGACGGAGUUUCUCUCUUGUUACCCAGGCUGGAGUGCAAUGGCGUGAUCUCGGCUCACCGCAACCUCCGCCUCCUGGGUUCAAGCAAUUCUCCUACCUCAGCCUCCUGAGUAGCUGGGACUACAGGCUGCGCCACCAUGCCCAGCUAAAUUUUGUAUUUUUAGUAGAGACGGGGUUUCACCAUGUUGACCAGGAUGGUCCUGAUCUCUUGACCUAGUGAUCCACCCGCCUCGCCUCCCAAAGUGCUGGGAUUAUAGGCGUGAGCCACCGCGCCCUGCCGAAACUCUAUCUCUUAAGAAAAAAUUACAAUAAAAAAUUCAGCUUGUGAGUCGUACUAGCCAAUAUUUGAAGGCCCAGUAGCCACAUGUGUCUAGUGACCACAGUUUUGGAAGGUUUGAGUGCUUGACAUUGCCAGGAAUCUUGUAUUAAAAAUGCAAUGUGGCCUGGCACAGUGGCUCACACCUGUAAUUCUAGCACCCUGGGAGGCCGAGGCAGGGGGAUUGCUUGAGGCCAGGGGUUUGAGGUCAGUCUGGGCAACGUGGCAAAACCCUCUCUCUACUAAAAAUACAAAAAUUAGCCAGGCGUGGUUGAAUGCCUCAGCUACUUGGCUGUCUGAGGCAGGAGAAUCACUUGAACCUGGGGAGCCGAAGGAUACAGUGAGCUGAGAUUGUGCCACUGCACUCCGGCCUGGGUGUUGGAGCAAAACUCUGUCUCAAAAAAAGAAACGGAAAAGUAACACGGUGGUUUCCAAAUAAUUUUUUUUAAUAAAAAAAAGAAAAAAAUGGAAAAAAAUAAACCUGUAAUGUAAUUGGUGUUAUACCCAUCUAUUCAGAAGGAGGCUAAUAGCAUGAACAGGGCUGAGGGGUUUCUGGGAUACAGGACUUUCAAUUUUAAAAUCCUUUAGAGGCUGGGCACGGUGGUUUAUGCCUGUAAUUCCAGCAGUUUGGGAGGCCGAGGCGGGUGGAUCACGAGGUCAAAAGAUCCAUACCAUGCUGGCCAACAUGGUGAAACCUGGUUUCUACUAAAAAAUACAAAAGGAGGCUGAGGGAGGAGAAUCGCUUGAACCUAGAAGGCAGAGGUUGCAGUGAGCCAAGAUUGUGCCACUGCACUCCAGCCUGGCGACAGUGAGACUCUGUCUCAAAAAAAAUAAAAAAUGAAAUCCUUUAGAAGCUGGGACCUUCCUCCCCAACAACUUCAAGUAUAAAUAUAGAAACAAGGGUUGCAAAGACCAGUCUGAAACUCUUUAUUCAUGAACAAAACUGGGAAAUUAUGAAAACAAAGCAAUUGCUUUUUCUUAAAAAAAUCAAAAAAGGAAACUUUUUUUUUUUUUUUUGAGAUGGAAUCUCGCUCUGUCGCCUAGGCCAGAGUGCAGUGGUGUGAUCUUGGCUCACUGCAGCCUUCGCCUCCUGGAUUCAAGCGAUUCUCCUGCCUCAGGAAUCAGAUAUUCCCCUCCCGAAUAGCUGGGAUUACAGGUGCCUGCCACCACACUCAGCUAAUUUUUAUAUAUUUAGCGGAGAUGGGGUUUCGCCAUGUUGGCCAGGCUGGUCUUGAACUCCUGACCUCAGGUGAUCUGGAACUCCUGACCUCAAGUGGCCUGCCUGCCUGGGCUUCCCAAAGAGCUGGGAUUACAGGCGUGAGCAACCACACCCAGCCCAGAUUUGCUUUCAAGGCAUUUAACUGAUUGGAUGAGACCCACCCAGAUAACUUGGGUUAAUUUUUCUUUGAAGUCAACUGGUGGUGGAUGUUUAAUCACAUCUAGAAGUACCCCCACAGCAAUGUCUAGGUUAAUGUUUGGUUGGAUAACUGAUUACUGUAGCCCAGUGAAGUUGCCAGACAGGCUGGGUGCGGGUUCAUAAUAUAAAAACGCAAUCCCAGCACUCUGGGAGGCUGAGGCAGGCAGGUCACCUGAGGUCGGGAGUUUGAGAUCAGCCUGAACAUGGAGAAACCCCGUCUCUACUAAAAAUACAAAAUAAACCAGGCAUGGUGGCAUAUGUCUAUAAUCCCAGCCAGUUGGGAGACUGAGGCAGGAGAAUCACUUGAACCUGGGAGGGACGCAGAGGUUGUGGCGAGCUGAGAUCGUGCAUUGCACUCCAGCCUGAGCAACAAGAGCAAAACUCUUAAAUUGCCACAAAACUAAUUUAUGAUAACUUAAUCAUAUGCCGUGCACAAAUGGUUAUAUGGUUAAGAAAAAUUCCUAAUGGAAUUAAAUAAGGGAGGUUGCAAAUCACAAAAGAGAUAUGUUGUCACAGUGGUCAAGCCUGUGGAGGAUGGAUCACGAGUCUAGGUCCUGCCUCUUAGCAGUUAUGUGAUAUUUCCAAGCUUCUUCAGCUCUCUGUACCUCAGUUUCCUCAUCUGUAAGAUAGGAAUAAUGUUGACUUCUAGGGUUGUAAGAAUUAAAUAAACUGAUUCUUCAUUCUUCCUGUGCUCUAAACAAAGCUUUCCCACUGAACCUUUCUACCUUCACCUACAUACAUAACAUGCAUUCCUAAAGUACUACCGGAAGGAGCCUGUUCAUUACAUAGUAUUUGUACUUAUGUUACUUACCUUGAUCCAUGUUGGAUUUAUCAUUUUAUAAUAUUGCCUUCCUGUCAAGAAAGUAAAGUGGAAAAAAAAGUAUGUAUUGCCUGCCUUAGAUUUAAAAUCCUAGUAAGGACAGGGACAAGGCUGCCGGCUUGUACACUGCCCAGAUUCAGAAAGUGCCGUCCACCCAGAUGACCUCGAUGUUUGCCAGUGAAGAUGGUGGUGUCUGUGUGGUGAAAAGGGCAUGCCACCAAAAGUUAGAGGAGUCGAGUCCUCAUUUUGGUUCAGCCACCAAGUUGGUGGUUUAGGCCUUAGCCUUUUUUGGCCUUAGUUUUCUAAUCCUGAUAAGAUGAUUUAAAAAAUUUUUAACUUAUUUUUAUUUUAUAACUUUAUUAUUAUUAUUAUUAUUUUUUUUUCAAAAUACAAUUUUUUUUUAAUGGCCAUGAUGCUAUUGGCAGAAGAAUCACUGUGACUAAAAUUCCAGCAAUCCAAAACGUUGUUUCUAUGCACCACCCUCUUUGUGGUCAAUUUCAAAAGACAGCCCACUUUUAUUUCAGUUUAAUUGGUUCUCUAGCUCUUUUAGGAGAAAUUAAACUUCCUUUUAGCUGAGUUCAUGUCACAACAGAUAAGUUCAUUCAUUCUGGUUUACUUCUUCAGGGCUGUGGAAAGGAAAGCUGAAGGAUAAUGGGAGCAAAAAUAAUCCAUGUAAGAGGUGCGGUGUGAAAUGGAGAAUUAGGUUUUUAAACAUGCUGUUUCCCAGAGCCACACCCCAGUGACCAGAUGGGAUCAGUGGUUGGGGAGGGGAUCCAGGUUAUGGGAUGCACUGUGCAAAUCGUAAAGGGAGUGAUGAAGGGUGGGUUUCUGUAGCCCAGAGAAAGGAUCCUCUGCUUCAACUGUGUGUUUCAUGCAGUGAGGAAGCCAGGCUUUCGAUGACAUUGACACUUAGAGGCUUAGAGAGGAGGCUCUGUUCAACAUUUCUCAGUUAUUGAAGUAUUUCUUAUUGAAAACCCAAAUGUUAACAUUUUUAUCUCCAAGGGAAAAAAAACGGCUGCUGGAAACCUGACCUGAGAAUGUGCCUCUGUAGUUUCAAAGAGACCACACACAGCAAGACAAGGUAGAGACAGGCCAGAAGCCGUUUGACUGGUAAGUCCGCCUUGUAAGGUAAGGAACCAAGGAAGCUUUAUUAAAAUCGGAUUUCAAAUGGAGGGGCCCUACUGUGCCUACUGGAGAUCAGGGAAUAAUAAAUAUUUCCUUCACUGAAAAUUAUCUCUUAUUGCCAAACCUCAGAAUUGAAGCUUAUUCAGAAACAGACUUAAAAAAAAUAAAUGGAGAACUGCUCCCAGGUACAUACGCAGAAAAGCUUCAAGUCAACGUUUGGGAGGUUUUUGUUGUUUUGUUUUGUUCUGUUUUUUUUUUUUUUUUUUUUUUUGAGACUGAGUCUCCCUCUGUCAGCCAGGCUGGAGUGCAGUGGCGCGAUCUCGGCUCAGGGCAACCUCCUCCUCCCAGGUUCAAGCGAUUGUCCUGCCUCAGCCUCCCGAGUAGCUGGGAUGAAAUUUUUGCAUUUUUAGUAGAGACGGAGUUUCACCAUGUUGGUCAGGAUGGUCUCGAUAUCCUGACCUCCUGAUCCACCCGCCUCGGCCUCCCAAAGGGCUGGAGGUUUUUAAACAUCGAUUUGGGUUUUGUUCAAGUGUUACUUACGCAAACUGCUGCAUUUCACUGUAGACAACGGUGAGCGUGGACUGACCGCUGUUUUCAAGACUGACCCCACCCAGACUCAUGAUUCAUGACACAACUGGUCCUGUGGCCCCACCCAGAGGCGGACUGAGCACACACCUUUAUGAUUUCAUCUUUAAGCAGUCAGCAGCACCCUUUCCCUAGUCUCCUGCCCACCAAAUUGUCCGUAAAACCCUAGCCUCUGAGCCUUCAGGGAAGCUGAUUUGAGUGAUAAAUCCAGUUCUCACAAGUGGAUGGCCUCUAGUCAAUUACACUCUUUCUUUUUCUUUUCUUUUUUUUUUUUUUUUUUUUUUUUUGUGACAGAGUUUCACUCUUUUUGCCCAGGCUGGAGUGCUGGUGAUAUCGGCUCACUGCAACCUCCAGCCCGCUCCCCACCACUCCUGGGUUCAAGUGAUUCUCCUGCUUCAGCCUUCCAAGUAGCUGGGAUUACAGGCAUGCGCCACCACACCAGGCUAAUUUUGUAUUUUUAGUAGAGGUGGGGUUUCUCCAUGUUGGUCAGGCUGGUCUCAAACUCCCAACCUCAGGUGAUCCACCCGCCUUGGCCUCCCACCGUGUUGGGAUUACAGAUGUAAGCUACCACGCCUGGCCCAAUGACAUUCUUUCUUUACUGCAGUGCUGUGGUCUCAGUGAAUUGAUUUUGUCUGUGCAGCAGGCAGGAAGAACCUCUUGGUGAUUACACUUCUACUUAGUAUAACUGCAUGUUUGCAUGUUUGUACCCCCUUUUUUAGGCAGAGUCUUACUCUGUCACCCAGGAUGGAGUGCAGUGGUGCAAUUUCAGUCACUGCCUCAGCCUCCUGAGUAGCUGGGAGAACAGUUGCUUGCCAACAUGCCCAGCUAAUUUUUGUAUUUUUUUAGACACAGGGUUUCACCAUGUUGCCCAGGCUGGUCUCAAACUCCUGAGCUCAAGUGAUCUGCUCACCUUCACCCCACAAAGUGCUGAGCUUAUAGGCAUGAGCCACUGUGCCCGGCUGUUUGUACCCAUUAAUUAGCCACCUUCAUCCUCACCCUCAACAUCCUUUCCAGGCUCUGGUAACUAAUGUUCUACUCUGUACUUCCAUGAGAUCAGCUAUUUUAGCUCCCACACCAGUGAGUACAUGUGAUAUUUGUCUUUUUGUGUUUGGCUUAUUUCACUUAAUGCAGUGACCUCCAGUUCCAUCCGUGUUGUUGCGAAUGACACGAUUUCAUUAUUUUUUAUGGCUGAAAAAUAUUCCAUUAUGUAAAUAUGCCAUAUUUUCUUUAUCCGUUCUUCUGCUAAUGGACAUUGUUGUGAAUAGUGCUGCAAUAAACAUGGGGCUGCAUGUA